GUGAAACGACAGUCGUUCCGGUUUCCACCAUCGGGUGAAGCAGGAGUGGAUUAUCCGACUUACAAUGAAGUUCCCAACGGAUUAGCGUUCAGCUGCACUAAUCAAGCCCCCGGAUAUUAUGCUGAUCCGGAAACCCAGUGCCAGGUGUGGCAUUGGUGUGACUUGAAUGGAAGAAGAUACAGUUUCCUGUGCCCGAACCAGACCAUGUUCAACCAAGCUUACCGAGUUUGCGACUGGUGGUACAACGUGGACUGUGCGGGUUCAUCUGGACUUUAUAACAUCAACGACGACCUUUACAAGGACAAUCAAGGGAACACCCUGUAAUUUCUCAAUAUUUUUUUUUCAUCAUCCCAUGAAAUAAGGCGAAGACUAUAUACCAGCAAAAGAUGCCAAAUGCACAAAAAUAUAAACCACGUUACCAGUCAGUAUUAGUGCCUUUGGUGUGCGGAAUUUUUUAUUAUUUUUCGUUGCGAAUUCGAAGAAAGAAUCUCUGUGAAAGCAUUUUUUUAUUUGUGGAUAUUUUUAUCUAGCUUUGCAGGAAUUCUAGACGAAUUAAAGUAUUGAGAAAUUUUGGAACCCCGACGUUCCACACAGAAAUUUUCGCGCCAUUUUUUUUAAUGAUUCUCGCAUUUAUUUUUUCAAUUGACAGUUUUGAAACGUUUUUAAGCACGUGGAUCAUCGGUAUCUCACUAUCUCUUUAAGGAUGAUUGUAAUUUUUCAAGGAAUUGCGAGAGAAGAAAAUAGAAGUUAAAAUUCAAGGUACAGUGAAUAUUUUCGAAGAAAUUUUGGGUGCAGUUGAGGCGAGAC